CGUGGUGAGGGCCCCUGCAGGUGGCGGACCUGGGGGGCAGAGAGAAGCAGGCAGAGUCAAACAAGGGAGGCACGUUUGGCCAGGCCCGGGGCCAGAGCCGGAGAGGAGAGGCGGGGACAGGUGCAGAGGUGGCGCCCGGGACCUGGCAGGACAGCAAGCUCAGUGGAACCUGCAGAGAGCAAGACCAAAUCCAAGGAGAGUCGUGAGGGCCCAGGAGCACCCAAGAUGCCUUCAACUCCACAGCAGCCCUCUGGGCAUGUGGAGGGACUCCCUGAGUCGGAGCUGGUUACAUGGCCCCCGCUGCCCUGUGGGCCCUGCAUCCCCAUCAUGCUGGCCCUGGCCUCCCUCGCCGCCCUCUUCCUCAUAACGACAGCUGUGUUGGCCGAACGCCUCUUCCGCCGCUCUCUGCACCCAGACCCCAGCAACCGUGCACCCACCCUGGUCUGGCGCCCCGGAGGAGAACUGUGGAUCGAGCCCAGGGGCACCCCCCGAGAGCGCUCAGAAGACUGGUAUGGCUCUGCGGUCCCCUUGCUGAUGGAUGGGGCCCCAGACCCUCCCAUCUCUGGAGGCACCUUGGAGGCCCGAGCCACAGCCCCACCUGCCCCUAUAGCCCCACUCUCCCCUCCCAGCUCCUUGGGCCUCCAGAGCCCACCCAGGGCCCCAGUCCGCAGCACCUUCUGGGGGCCCCAGGCCUUGGAGGAGAGGCCCUAUGCUCCGGGCCUGGUGAGCUGGGCUGAGCCUGAACAGAGGCCAGAGGCCAGCAUGCACCUGGGGAGCCCCCAGACCCGGAGGCAGCGGCUAGGGAGCUCUGAUCUGGAGUGGGGCCUCCAACCUCGGGUCACCCUGGAGCAGAUCUCUGCUUUCUGGAGGCGUGAAGGUCGGACCAGCGUGGGGCUCUGAUUCCCCAGGGCCUGGAGGACUGGCCUCUCCGAGACACUGAGGAAGGCCUUACCUCAAAGGGUCUCUCUGAGGCCUUAAGACCCUGAGGCUCCAGCCUAAGAGCCCAAGUUCAUACUUGGGCCCACAGGGAAGAACACCCCUCCCAAGGCCUUUUACAUCUGGAUUUCAAUUCCCUGGAUCUGGGGCUGGGCAGGCACCACAUGGACAGAGCCUGUCGGCACAGACAAUUGGAGGUGGGGCCGACUACGGGCCAGAAGUCGCCAAAAUCAUGUUCUAGAUUAAGAAA